AUGCUCAUGAAUCACCGCGGUGUCGGAUGCGAGGUGGAUAAGGACGACUUCAUGUCCAUCGAGGACGAUCAGUGGAUUACAGAUGGGGUUAUCGACUUCCACAACGUGCUGCUUAGCAUCAGGAAACCAACGCUCCGCAACGGGAAGACAUGGGCCGCCAUGGACUGCAGGGCUUACACACAGACGAAUGCGUGUGGAGCGCCGUUGACUCUUGGGAACGGGCGGCCGCUUGUGGAACACGAUUAUCUGGCGAUUCUGGUGCUAGAAUCUGAGCACUAUUCGCUCGUCAUCGCUAUAAAUCCAUCGGUGCUCACCAAGUCGCCGAAAUCGAAGGCAAAAGAGCGCUUGACGUUGGUCUUGAUGGACAGCGCGAUCAAGAAUCGGAACAGCCGCAAGAUUUUUGCAGGAACAAAGCUUGUGCUGUCUGAGCUCGCAAAGGCGAGCACUCCAAGCGCGAACAUGGAGUUUGUAGACAAGACGCUGAAGGAGGCGGACUGCAUAAUUUUACGGGAGGAUAAGCUGCCACAGCAGCCUAACAAGGAGGACUGUGGGAUUUUUGUUUGCCAGUACCUCAAGACCCUGGUGAAUACCGACUUCGCCACGGUUCUUUCGGGCCUCUGGUUCCAGGGUGUGACACCGCACCAAUACAGGCGGGAGAUGCAGCGCGACCUGUGUGCACACGCGAGCGGCGCUCUUUUGAAACAGCUGCAGGACCUGGGAAUUGAGAUCCCCCCGCAGGACGAAGGCCGGGUUACCGAUGAGGGUACAGUGGUGCAGGUGAAGAACGCUGCUGUGGGAGAUGGGAGGCCGGCACCGGUCACUCGCCCUGUGGAGGACGCACGGGUUACGGAGGUGAUGAGGCGUGUAGCCUCAUUGACGAACGAUGUGAGGUACCUGAACGCCAGCUUCACCAUGAUCGCCAACUUUGUGGGACUGAGGCGGGACGAGAUCGUGUCCGCUGCAACCCAACUGCUGCUGCAAGGCGGUCUCGCGGGUACCGGCACGAAUGCAGAGGCGGGUGGCAACAAGACUGCGCCACGCACACCACAGCGUCCGUCUGCCCGUAAGAGGCGGGAUGACAGCACCGGGGUAGCGCUGGCGUACGCAACGGCACCCGGGCAGCUGCUCGGGACGGGUGUGGGAGCUGGAGAUGACGCGUGGGGAGACACGCUCGGACAGGAGACGGUGAAGGGCGAAGAGGAGGAGGAUCUCGUGUCCGACUCAGACGACGAUGGCGAGGACGAGGAUACGUGUGCAACCACGUACACGGGUGUGAAGCUGGACAAACGGACUGGCAAGUUCGGCGUCAAGAUCUUGAUCAAAGAACGUGGAAAGCGUAAGCAGCAGCGACUAGGAGCGUACACGACGGAGGAAGAGGCGGCAUUCGCGUACGCCACAGGUGCGUUCGUGCUGAGGCCACGCGACAGGAUAUCCAACACAGUCACCUUGUCAGCAGCUGAGAAGGCGAUGCUGCGUGGAUGCACCAAAGAAGAUUUGCAGAUACUGGUGGAAGCGAGGAAGUGGUGGAGGUGGCGGAGCUGGCGUGAGGCGCUGGAGAGCGUGAGCAGCAGGCUGAAACGAGGGAGGAAGCGUGGGGGUGACACAGACCUCGAUGGCUUCCGAGGAUACGAGGGCCGGAGGCCGCUCACGUCGUGUCUCGCAACCGCCGGCAUACCUGCGUUCGUCAUACCAGUUGACGAUGCCGCGAGGUCGGCUGUCGAACGGGAAACGUGGGGAGACCAUGACGGCACGGGUGCAGAGAGUGCAGAUUCGUCGGAGCGCAGUGAGGAAGAGGACGAGGAAAGCGAAGACACAUCUGCGUCAGGAUCACACGAGGAAUCCGCCGACCUGGGUGCUGGAGGGAAGACGAACGACGAUGGAUGUGCGGGAAUAUCCGCGGCCAAUGCUGACAUGCGCACACAUCAAGAUGCGCGGGACACGGAUGUGGCUCGAGGCGACGGCCGAGGACAGGCGGACGGACUUGUUGGCCGCACACGCGUGAACACCUUGGACGCCAACGGCGAUGACGUGCGCAUCCCUAGCCGGAUCCUCGAGCAACUCAUACAGGCGCAGGACAAGAGCGCCAAGGAGAACGCGCGGUUGGAGGCGCUGUUCUUGAAUGCGAUGUCUCGGCCUUCCGGUGGCUCUUUUGAUGGUUACCGGUUUGCACUUAUAUUAUGUUUUGUGUACACCGUAUGUGCGCAGAGGGUUUGCGAGCUGGCCAGGGUGCACAUGUUUCUCAACAGGCCGACGUCGACGAUGACCUUCUACCCGAGCAGCGACGAUAAGACUCACGGAGUGUGUGCGGUGCUGGACCGCCUGCCGCAUAGCUUCGCCUGUUUGGUGUUGGUGGCUGACAAGUCGCGUCGCGCGGAUCUCAACAAGACGCUCUCUGAGUGGAAGACAAGGGCUGCCGCACGCGUGCGAGACAUUGCACUUCCCAAGCUCGGAUUGUUCCGCGACGACAGGGACGCAUGCAGCCCAUGGGCGCCCGAGAAGGCACGCAGUAUCGAUAAGAUCAGGGAGCGCAUUGGUCUUGGCGCUGACCCCCCUGAAACCCUGGUGCUCACGAGCUGGGCGAACGACCGCGAUGGCAUGCCGUUUGCCUCCCGGGCAUUCGCGACAUGUGCAAAGGCUGCAUUCAGGCCCAAGAAGGCCGGGCUGGUGAUGACACUGAAGGUGUACCACCUGGCCUGGUUGGAGCAUGUGGUCUCCGACUGCGUCCUCUACUGGGAGGAGAGGAAAGGCCGGCUUUCCAACUCGGCCGGCGGCAACGCACACGUCGUGGACGGCCUCAAGGUCCUGGUGAAGGAGGCCGUGGAGAGGGCGAUCAGGAUCCGCAACCCGGAGUAUGACGCAGAGCGAGAGGCGUGGAUCUGGGGGCGCCAUGGACUGCGCAUCUCUGCGUGCGGCCUGGAGCACAUGAAGCCCACCGCCGCAGCUCAGUCCGAAGAGCCUGCGGGGGACGACGACCUCUCGGCGUUAGUUGGUGAUGAGUAG